AUGAAGUGCUAUGUGUUUUUAUUUGUGUUCGCCUUUUUGGAUGGAAUUUCUUGCAAAUUGAACACACUAACAACCUCAAAACUCCAGAACAAGGCAUCAAUAAAGUACUACACAAAACAGACGGACAUCACAAUACCAGUGAUGAUGCAUUUAGACAAAGCGUUAACGAGAGUACUAUCAAAAGAAUCGAAGCACAAAAUUAGAGAAAAGUUCAAACUACUAGCAAUAGAUAUAUUAAAGGACGUAGAAGAAUUAUUCUCACAUCCAAAUCUACAGCAGAAAGUCAAAAUGGAACUGAUAGAUGUCAAAAUACUAAAGAAUAAUACUAAGAAAGUGGUGAUGGAUGAAAAUGUUUCCAAAUAUUUGAAGAGUUAUUGCAGAUGGCAAGGGGAGAAGAAGCUAGCGAAGCAGAAAUGGUUCUAUUCUGUGCUGUUUACUGGAUUGGAUCUGUUCUAUUUGGAUCGGUUCGGGUCUGAAGUUAGGAGUAGUACAGGUCGAGGCUACAUGAAGAGUAUGUGCAGCAUCAGGAACAGCUGCACCCUGCUGGAGUGGCAUCCCAAGCACAUCGCCUAUGUACUCACACAUGAAAUAGCACACAGUUUGGGUAUAUCCCACGACGGACCGCCCCACAACGAGUGCAGAGGACAGCGGUACAUCAUGGACGCCAAGUACAACCCCAAGAACCCAGCGAAGACCUGGUCAUCUUGCAACAAGAGGGAACUGAACCAGUAUUUGAAAAGCAAAAAGGCGUGGUGUUUAAGGCGAGACCCAAGCUCUGUAUAA